CUCUUGUUGGAUUUCUUUCCUUUGGGACUCAGGUUCAGGUUCAUGAAUUGGGAUUCUCCGACAUGUCCAAGGUGUAUGUUUUCCGGGGUACCAAGGAGGUUUCUAAGGAGCAGGUUUUGGAGCAAUUGGGGCUCUCGAUGGGAGGGCGGAGACCCACUGGGGCGUAUCAAAAGGGGGUCCCCAAUGGAUUCCCUAAUUCAGGUGUUACACGUUUUUUGCUGCCUGCUUCUGAUUGCGAAUAUACCCUCAAUUCGUUGUUGGACGAACUUCAAACGGAUCAAUGGCCUGUUUCUCCCGGUAAUCGGGCAUCUCGGUGCACGGGAGUGGCGUUAAGUGUUGCUGCUAGCUUGCUUGGCGCUUGUUUGCCCGGGACAGGUGCUCGAAUUAUUGCUUUGGUUGGUGGUCCAUGCACAGAGGGGCCUGGCACGAUUGUGUCCAAAGAACUAUCAGAUCCAGUGCGUUCACAUAAAGACCUUGAUAAGGAUGCAGCUCCUUACUUUAAAAAAGCAGUCAAAUUCUAUGAAAAUCUUGCAAAACAGCUGGUCAGCCAGGGCCAUGUCUUGGAUCUGUUUGCUUCAGCACUUGAUCAGGUUGGUGUUGCGGAAAUGAAAGUUGCAGUAGAAAAAACCGGCGGCCUUGUUGUUUUAGCUGAAAGUUUUGGACAUUCUGUAUUUAAGGACUCUUUCAAGCGUGUGUUUGAAGAAGGGGAACACUCUCUUGGUCUUUGUUUUAAUGGCACCCUCGAGAUCAAUUGUUCAAAGGAUAUCAAAAUUCAGGGGAUAAUUGGACCUUGCACAUCUUUGGAGAAGAAAGGUCCUGCUGUUUCUGAUACCAUUAUUGGGGAGGGCAAUACAACCUUGUGGAAAAUGUGUGGCCUUGACAAAAGCACUUGUUUGACAGUGUUUUUUGAUCUUGCAUCAAGUGAUAGAUCAAGUACUCAAGGAACUGCAAAUCCACAGUUGUAUCUGCAGUUUCUUACUAGUUAUCAAGAUCCUGAAGGUCAGUCAAUGCUUCGGGUUACAACUGUUACUAGAAGAUGGAUAGACACUGCUGUUAGCUCUGAGGAAUUGGUGCAAGGGUUUGAUCAAGAGGCUGCUGCAGUUGUUGUUGCAAGAUUAACUUCCUUGAAAAUGGAGAUGGAGGAAGGAUUUGAUGCUAUUCGGUGGUUGGAUCGAUCCUUGAUUCGCCUCUGUUCUAAGUUUGGUGAUUAUCGGAAAGAUGAUCCAUCUUCCUUUACCCUAAAUCCUUGCUUUUCUUUGUAUCCUCAGUUUAUGUUUAAUUUGCGGCGUUCACAGUUUGUACAGGUUUUCAACAACAGUCCAGAUGAAACUGCAUAUUUUCGUAUGUUGUUAAAUAGGGAGAACAUUACAAAUGCUGCAGUGAUGAUUCAACCAUCACUAAUAUCAUAUUCAUUCAAUUCACUACCUGCACCAGCCUUGUUGGAUGUUGCUUCCAUUGCAGCUGAUCGCAUUCUCCUGCUAGAUUCUUAUUUCAGUGUUGUCAUAUUUCAUGGGAUGACAAUAGCUCAGUGGCGUAAUAUGGGAUACCAGAAUCAGCCAGAACACCAAGCAUUUGCACAGUUGUUGCAAGGUCCUCACGAUGAUGCCCAAAUUGUUAUUAAUGAGCGUUUUCCAGUACCUCGUUUGGUUGUCUGUGAUCAGCAUGGUUCCCAGGCUAGAUUCUUAUUGGCAAAGUUGAAUCCAUCAGCCACAUACAACAAUACUCAAGAAAUGGCAGCCGGGUCAGAUGUCAUAUUCACCGACGACGUUAGCCUUCAAGUUUUCUUUGAGCAUCUCCAGAGGUUGGCUGUGCAAUCCUGAGAAUAGACAGGGCUUUCUUGAGGCUUAUAGUUAAAAAACUCAUCCGUCUUGCUGUGGGAUAACUCACUGAGGGUUAUGUAUCUCUGGUCUUAUUGACUUCUUUUCUGGUCUUUCCGUUAGUUUUCCAAGUUGAGAAGCCAAUAUCCCACAUUCUCUACAUUUGAAGAAUAAGGGAACACUGAUAAAAUUCUUUUUUUCGGGGACAUUCUCGGUCGGCAUCGCAGCUUGGUAAGGGUCAACCAGGUCAUUUGAGCUUCAAGUCACACAAGGGGGGAAAAGAGAGGUUUGAUGGCAAUGUAAUUUAGAGGAAUCCUUUGACAGCCUAUAGACAUUUGGGAAAGUCAUUCUGUUAGGAUUUUUGGUUCUUCAAUUUGUUUUUUUGUAUUGAGCUUAGACCACAAGUAUUUUUGAUGAUUCUCCUAGUAAAUUAUAUGGAAGGGAGUUUAGGCAUUUGUGUUUGUGUUUUCAAAGUCAGUCCGAAAUUGCAAUUUUCUUUAUAAGGCUCUCUUGUUGAUAUUAUUUAAUUUAAUUAAUAGGUUGUGAACUUUCUAUUUA